GCGGCAAAUCCACAGUCAUUCGGCUUCUGUUCCGUUUCUACGAUGUGACGUCUGGGCAGAUCACAAUCGAUGGGCAGGACAUUCGAGACGUCACGCAGACCUCACUGCGCCACGCCAUCGGAGUCGUCCCUCAGGACACUGUCUUGUUCAAUAACACG